AUGGCGCUUCGUCUCGUCUCUCUUUUUGUGGCGAUCGCAUCCUUGGCUGCAUCUGCGCAAUCGCGAAUUCUUUUCCAAUAUGAGCAACAUCAGCUCUCACGGGAAACCGUGGCUUCGUUGCCAAAAGAUGAGGCACGACUCUUCGCAUUUGAUAAUCAAUUCGAGACCAAAGCCGCCAACCUUACAGCAUGCAAAGUCGACCCAACCCAUGACAAGUGGCCGGCAGAGACAGGCUGGGACAAGCUUGUGAAAAGAUUGAGCAACCCUGAUAACCUCAUCAUGACUGUCCCACAAGCGUCGAUAUGUUACGGCGAUGACAAGGACGAUGAUCAGUGCCAACAGAUCUCUCAAAACUGGACCAAUUCGUAUUCGCACACCGACGACCCGACGGAAGUUCUAUCGCCGAUAUACCAAGGCUUGACAUGCCUGCCUCCUUCAAUCUACGACAGCGGAGGUUGCACACUUGGGGGAUAUCCUGCGUAUGCGGUCAAAGCAACGACGGUUCUUGAUAUCCAGAGUGCGAUGAACUUCGCGCGAAGUUUGGACCUGCGCCUUGUUGUGAAAAACACUGGUCAUGACUUUUCCGGCCAUUCCUCUGGGUACGGCGCAUUAAGCAUAUGGACGCAUGCUUUGAAGGAAAUAAUGAUGCUCGAAAACUAUGUGGACGAGUCGGGAUAUAGAGGACCGGCUAUCAAAGCUGGGGCUGGUGUACAAGCCUUCGAGCUGUACAAAUUUGCAGACCAACAUGGCUACAUGGCAGUCGUUGGUGAAGGCCAGACUGUAGGUGUCAUGGGUGGAUACAUGCUGGGUGGAGGCCACUCACCUCUUAGCUCCAUCUACGGCAUGGCUGCAGACCAAGUUCUUGGAUUCGAGGUCGUCUCGCCAAUCGGAGAAUUUGUGACUGCCAAUUCGACAAGCAAUAAGGAGCUGUUCUGGGCGCUCAAAGGUGGCGGGGGCGGAUCCUUUGGCGUAGUAACGUCCAUUACCUUCAAGGUCUACAAAGACAUGCCCGUGGCUACCGCGACAUGGACACUUGACAGUUCCAAAAUCGGGAAAGAUAAAUUUUGGGCUGCUACAAAGGCAUUCUUUGACCGAGCCAUCGACAAUGUGGAUGCCGGAGCAUACAGCUACAACCGUAUUGCCCCCUCCGACGAUGACUUCACAUCAACGAUGCAGCCAUUUUUCGCCCCGAAUAAAACUGCCAGUCAGCUGAACGCCAUACUCGCCCCAUACCUUUCCAAGCUCACCGCGCUCAACAUACCUUUCUCCCCCAAGGUCACCGCAUACCCCGGCUUCUACAAAGCAUGGCUUGCGGGGUUCCCGCUAGAGUCCCAGACAGACAUAAGCUCCUACGUAGCCUCGCGCCUGUUCCCGCGUUCGAAUUUCGCGACCGAAACAGGCAGAAACCUCACCUUCAACGUGCUCCGUCAAACCGUCGAAAGCGGGCAGCCGCUCCUAGCUUUCAAUGUAGCUCCAGUCCUCUUGCCGUCCAAUGCACCCAACGCCGUAAAUCCAGCAUGGCGAAACGCAGUCUACCACAUCAUCACCAGCACCUCCGUCAGCCCCGAUUCCUCUGCCGACGACAAGCUCGCUGCGCGUGAUGCGCUGACAAACGGCACCAUGCUGAAAUGGCGCAAUGUUGCACCGAGCAGUGGCGCGUAUCUGAAUGAAGCGGAUCGCAUGGAGCCGGACUGGCAGAGAAGUUUCUGGGGCGAGAAUUACGAUAGGUUGUUGGCGCUGAAGCGGGAUAUUGAUAGCAAGGAUUUGUUUUGGGUUGACAAGGGCGUGGGGAGCGAGAGGUGGAGGGUUGAGAGCUUUGAUGAGGUGCCGGAUGAGAAUGGCAAGUUGUGUCCGGUUUGA